UAGUAGUAGGAUGAGGAGGAGGAGGAAUAUUUGUAGAAUCUGCAUGUGUUUUGAAUCCUGAUAUGAAUACUGACAUGCACUAUAGGGAGAAAGAAAGAGUUUUAAAGUUUUUUCUUUUAAGUUCUAUAAAAGGAUUUAUCAUAAUAACAGCUUUAAUAAAGUUCGGUUUAUGGAUCCACUCCGCUAGCUCUUUUCUUUUUUUUUCUGAAUAAAGUGAAAUAUUUUAUUUCUGACACCGGAUUGUUGUUGGUCUUCUAAAUGUAAUGCCAAAUAUAAUGAUGUUUAUGAUGAUGACGUGUGUGUGUGUGUGUGUGUGUGUGUGUGUGUGUGUGUGUAUUUUUGUCUCUCGAACAGCUUGUUUCAGUGCACACAGCCUGCAAAGUUCAAUUAAACCCUGAGUCAGUUGUGAAGUGUGUAGGCGGAAGUGGAUUUUUGAGGUACGCUUCUGUGAAAUCGUCCCCCAAAAUGACGUCAUUCAUUACAAAACAAUCGAAUCGAACUUCAAAGGAAAGGAAACUGUUUUCAUUGAAACGAAAAUAUUCCCAUUUACAAAACUCGAUCAACUUUUAAAGACUUCAACGCGGGCAAACCUUACUGAGUACAAUCACGACCUUAAUGCUAUUGUUUUAGUCUCUGUGUGAAUGUGGACACGUUUUAUCUCCUCUCUGAUAAAACCACACAAAACGAGCUUCGUCCGGCUUACACGUUCACAUUCUGUUCUGAAUAUCCACGUUUCAUCAACUCACCUGAACGUCAGCAGACAGAGAGAGACGGACCAGGCCAGAACGACCGUCUUCUUCGGGUGGACGUGUCCGUCUUCAUCCUCGCAUCCUUCAUCGUCCUCACUCUUCAAGUCACAAACCCAAAGCUGCUCCAGGUUUACUCUGUGUUUCAGUCUGUAGCUGCCUCUGGAUCUGAAGAAGAAGAAGUAGCAAUGAACAGGGGCAAUAAUAUUCAUCAUUACUGUUAUAACAACUUUCCGAAUGAAUAAUACUGUAUGUAAGGAAUAAAACUGCUACAGGAAAACAAUCCAAAAUCCUUCACUAGCUUCCCCACCUCAUGUCCUCAUCUACUGGACUGGUGUAUCUUGUAAUGAAAUAAUUCUAAUAAGUAAUACUUAUUUUUAGGUUUCCAUGUGUUUAACACCUCGCCACGCAUAAAGCAGGAGGUUUGUGGGUGGACGCUGUGACAGUCAUUCCCCUCACGGCUGCUCUUUCUCUGCUGCGUCAUUAACGUCGUCCUCAUUAACUUACAUCACCACAGAGCUGGAAACGAGCUCAGAGUCUCGUCCUCACCCUGUCUCACCGCCCGGGGAUUAGCGUUAGGAGCCCUGCGUUGUUUCCAGCCUCAUUAGCGUUCUCUUUAUAAGGCGAGGAAGGGAGCUCAGGCGCGUAGUCACAUUCGGACCGGGGAGUGAAGGAGCUCUCUGUACUGACCUGCCUGCUGCUAUGAGGAGGAGAAGCUACGAUGAAGUUACUGCAGAAAUGCAACCGCACUUGCGCAGUCUGGCGCAGAGAAGACGAUCCGCACCAAGCGUGGUGUUUGGGAAGGCUCUGGGAAUGUCUUGGCCCUCCAUCAGGGAGGAGUGUGUGCCCGCGAUCGUGAUCGAUCAGUGCCCGUUUGUGCUCGGUCUGAGCAGUGAGGACUCGGAGCUCAUCCUGGACGACACAGUGCAGCUCACCGAGGGACAGAAGACGAGCGAGAGACAUGUAUUCCUCUUCAGUGAUGUGUUGGUCAUCGCUAAGCUCAAAUCCAGAGGCAGCUACAGACUGAAACACAGAGUAAACCUGGAGCAGCUUUGGGUUUGUGACUUGAAGAGUGAGGACGAUGAAGGAUGUGAGGAUGAAGACGGACACGUCCACCCGAAGAAGACGGUCGUUCUGGCCUGGUCCGUCUCUCUCUGUCUGCUGACGUUCAGUUCGCCUGAAGUUAAAGAACGCUGGUUAGAUACCGUUCACAGGAAAAUUACAGAGGCUAGGAAGAGGACCGCUACGAUUUCACCACCUCCAAGUGUCCUCAUGAAGGUCUUGAGCAGCACCACCACGAAUAAAGUUCUGAGCGGAGGAGGAAUGGAGGACAGUGUCAUCGACCUGCAAGUUAAUGCUCUCCAUGGCAACGGCUCCUCCCUGCAGUGCAAGACGGAGCUGGCAAUUGCAGAACAUGAUGGUGGUAAGAGGAGCCUGUUCUCCAAGCUUAAGAGAAGAGACACGCACACAGGCAUGCCCACACGGCCAGGACACAAGACGAGCCUGCUGUUUGGUCAGCCUCUCCCCGGAGACUCUAAAAUCCCCAAACCCAUUGCUGAUCUUCUUGUGCUGUUGUGGAGGAAAGGUCCCGAUACAGAGGGGGUUUUCCGAACAGCGUGUAACAGCAAGAACCUGAGUGCCGUCCGUGAUCAACUCAACUCUGGGGUUGCGGUGGACUUGGAAGCACUGCCUGUGACUCUGCUGGUCGGAUUGUUAAAGACGUUCCUGAGGGAACUUCCAGGAAGUCUGCUGGUGGCCGAGCACUAUGCUGAGUGGAUAGAAGCACUGGAGAAAGAGAAGAAAGAGGAGAUACCUGCUGAAUUGAGAAGGAUUGUUUCCAAACUCCCCGAAGCCAACAGGAUCCUGCUGCAGUACCUGCUCUGUCUGCUGCGCCACAUUAUCCAGCGAUCAGAGAAGAACAAAAUGGAUCCCAAAAACUUGGCUAUCUGCAUUGCACCGACUCUGCUACAGCUCAGCAGCCAGCCGCUGGACGUGAGCACGGUCGAAAAGGUGACAAGCUUAACCCAGUUCCUGAUUGAAAAUUGUUGUGAAAUCUUUGGAGAAAGGAUCCUGAGUCUGCUUGGAGACCCAGAAGAAGAGCUAGGACAUAACUCAGAUACGAUGUCUUCACACCAGCACGACUCCGCAUAUGACAGCACCGAUGGAGAGAGCGGAGAGGCGACAGGACAAACACAGCAAGCAUGUCCUCACAUCCAAAUCCAAUGUUCAGUCAAUCAUUCCCACUCCUCAGAAGAAAUUUUCGAGCCUUUCACCAAGCCCUUCGACCGGCGCAGCUCCGAGCCCGCCAUCUUUUCUUCGGUCGGGGUGAAGGACCUUCGAUUUCUGGCACGGAGUCACGAUGACUGUUCUUCUGCGAAAGAGUAUGGAGAACAGCCUCUGAAGAAGCAAAAUUCCGACGACUCGUUCCUACAAGCACAGAGGAGACCGUUGCAACCUUUACUGAGAAAAACGACUGGCAGUCUAAACCUUGAAGUACCGGUCAUCUCCAAAAACUUCUCCUGCUCCUCAUCUUGUUCUCUGGAGAGCACUAACUCGAACAUCUCUGAGAAUUCAGUGUUUGCCAACUCUCCUUUGCCCUCUCCGUCCAGCCCUCGGAAAAUACAACCCGAGAGACACAUGUCUCUUAACGUAAAAAGCAAAAUGGACACGAAUUCAAGGCGUCCGUUUCCAUUUAAGCGAGCCAAAAGCCUAGGAAGUUUCUCCAUUAACAAGGCAAGCGUCAAGAAAACAGAGGCACAAAAAGAGGGCACUUUUUCAUGUGGAACGUUGCAGGAGGACUCUCAGAAUGAGGCAGAAGUUCUGGAUGAGCCGGUGAGGCGCCAAAGGCCGCUCUCUGCCAUAGAGGUCUUUGAGCAUGUGGACAGACGUGACCCUGGAAGUCCACCGUCGUACCAACAGGCUGUGAAUUCUGGAGUCCUUCAGCCACCUCCUGAAUACCGUACCAUGACUGUCCAUGAUGCAAGAGGGCUGGGCCAAAGAUCUCGUCCUAUGUCUAUGAAUGAUUACAUCUUGGACUCUUCUCCCGUUUGCCAAAUUUUGGACAAGUUGAACUUUUCCAACGACGAUUUAGUUGGACCUCAGCAGGGCUCAUUUAGGCAAAGAGCCAUGUCUGAGUCGAUAGGCUGCACCAGGAUCGACAAACUCCAUCGUCGGUGCAGUCAGCCUGUGUUCGAGGAACUCUCGUAUGGAAAGGAGUCGUAUGUGUAAAUCAGUACUUAGCUUUUUGUUGUUUUCACAAAGCACUUGUUAGGCCAAGACAUUCCCUGUAAGGCAGUGUCAGUUUUUUUUUUUCUGUUUCUAAAAGCUACUUAAUAUACUAAUAUAAAAUAUAAUAUCACCAGUCUGAAGCUAUGUUUAUGUAAAUAUCUGUAAAUAGAGCAACCUAUUAAAGGAAUGGUUAGGCAAAAUCGAUUAUUUACUUUUGCACCGGAGCUCCACGGCUAAUAAUGCUAACAAGUAAGAGACGUCUGUCUCACCAGAAAUAAAUAGCUGCCUCAAAUCACAUCAGUGGCUUCAGUAAUGUCAUGUUGACUUACCCAUGUAGUUUUGGACAAUCUAUAAUGUAUAAACAUGAACAGAAUCUCACUGCGUAGCUGAACACUGCAGCGGUAUGGGGCAGCCAUCUUGAAAGGCAAAUCACUUAUUUCCUUAACUUCAUUUUCUGUUCGCUAGACCCCACCUCCAAAAGUCUGAAAGUGGAAUUAUACCAGAAACUGGAAUUUUUCCUGACUAUUCCUGCUGUUUUACAAAACCAUUUAUUAUUAUUAAAAAAAAAAAAAAAAAAAUUAUAUCAUCAUUUUUGGAAAAUAUAUAAAUAUAUAAAUAGAUUUGUGGCUCAGGUUCAAAACUAAAGAAGCACACGUUAAUACCAUUCAUGUCCUUGCUGAUUGACUGCAUUUGCACAAAGCUGUGUAUAUCUUUGUUUUAACCAUAUUAUAGAGUUCAUUCUUCGUUUUCCCCAUCUGCCUCUGGCACUUUCGUGAUGACACUUGUACAUAUAUAUAUAGAGAUAUGUGUGUUUGUGUAUGUAUGUAUUUUAUAUGUUAAUAUUCCACUUUUCUUCACUACAAUAAACUUCGUCUUCUAUGAA